AUGGGCAUUGCUGCUCUCCUGGUUUUUCUUCUCACAAAUAAACAUAUAACAACAACCACAGCAUCAGCCACGUCAACAUCAACAACUUCAACAACGUCAACAUCACCAACACCAACAACAACAUCCACAACAACAACAACUUCAACUACAGCCACAACAACAACUCCAACACCACCGUGUGCACCAAGCUCUGUUGGUUCUGCGAGUACUCUUUAUACGACUUUUUCUGGCGACGGAACUUCAUACACGUGUUUCGCAUAUGAAUGGACGUCACCUACUACAGGUCUAGUCACUCUUGCCUUUGAACUGCGUCAUGAUCCAACCUUUUGGUACCUUGAUGAUGUCUCAGUAUAUGCAGGAGCUACUCAAAUGCUGACUAAUGAAGAUUUUGAAACUGGCUCUCUGCCACCUUGGGUAGAAACAUCGCCGUAUGGAAGUUGCGGAACUUAUCUUACUGACACAUGUAGUUCUUCAUGUCGCAGUGGAAGUUAUUGUCUGUGUGAUGGAAGUUAUGGAUGUGCUGAUCAAGUAAGUCAACAGUUUUCGGCUACAGCUGGACAAGUCUAUGUGGUGAGCUUUUGGCUACAAUCAGGUUCAACAGGUUCUACCGUAUAUGCGAAAGUUACUCUCUCGUAA